AUGGGGCCCAGCACGGGAGACUGGGGGCGCUGGCUGCUGACCCUGGCUGCUGCUCUGACACUGCCCACCAGGCCCCCUGGCUCCUGGGGGGCGCAGAUCAUCGGGGGCCGCGAGGUGACCCCUCACUCCCGGCCCUACAUGGCCUCUGUGAGCUUUGGGGGCCAGCACCACUGCGGGGGCUUCCUGCUCCGGGCCCGCUGGGUGGUCUCAGCCGCCCACUGCUUCAGUGACAGGGACCCCCGCGCAGGCCUGGUGGUGCUGGGGGCCCACACGCUGCACCCCGCGGAGCCCACGCGGCAGGUGUUUGGCAUCGCAGCGGUGGCUUGGCACCCUGACUUCCAGCCAGCCACCCACACCAACGACAUCUGCCUGCUGCGGCUCAACAGCUCUGCCGUCCUGGGCCCUGCGGUGGGACUGCUGCGGCUGCCGGGGAGAGGCGCCACGCUGCCCGCGGCUGGGGAGCGGUGCCGGGUGGCGGGCUGGGGUUCCGUGUCGGACUUCGAGGAGUCACCCCCAGGACUGAUGGAGGCCGAGGUGCGUGUGCUGGGCCUGGAUGUCUGCAACCGCUCCUGGAGGGGCCAGCUGAGCCCCACCAUGCUCUGCACCCGCAGUGGGGACCAGCGGAGGCGGGGCUUCUGCUCGGCGGACUCCGGAGGGCCUCUGGUGUGCAGGGACCGAGCCCAUGGCCUCGUCUCGUUCUCAGGCCUCUGGUGUGGUGACCCCAAGACCCCUGAUGUGUACACACAGGUGUCUGCCUUCGUGACCUGGAUCUGGGGUGUGGUUCGGGGAGGAGUCCCCCCACCUGGGAUUACAGAGCACCCUCCGGGGGCGGCCUGA